UCUUUCACCGCUUUGCACCGCAGAAUUUCUCCUCCUCCCUUUCUUUCUUUCCGGGAGAAAGAGGGCUAAUGCCGACGUCGCGGGAUCUAUCGACGUGGCAGAUUCUUCCGACCGAUGGCGCCCACUUCCAGUGGAGCGCCGCCGGCGGAGAUCCUGGGCGCCGCCUGGAACAGCCGCCGCCUGAAACCCUGGUUCUUGGCGAGGAGAACCACCCCGAUUCUCGCCUCCCAUCCAUGGCGGAUCUCGUGAUCCAAGCUCGCCAGAAGCUCAUAGAAGGUGGUGAUGGAGAUCGUCGUGGCGUGCCGAUGUUCCGUACGGGAUCGGGACGAUCUGUUUCGGUGAGUGAGAGUUCGAUUCGGAAGGCAACGUCUGUUCUUGGAGGAGGAGAUACAACCGUUCGAGAGGAUGGUGGUGGUGCUGAGGGCUUUCCAAUAUUUCGUACUUGUUAUGGGAAGUCAGUUACCGUGAAAGAGUCUUCUAUGAGGAGGGCAGCAGCUGUUCUUGAAGGAGUGGAUAUGGAGAAAGGAUCUGCAGCAAGUUUAGUGGAUGGGGGUGCUGAGUGCCUUCCAAUAUUUCGUACUGGUUCUGGGAAGUCAGUUACAGUAAGGCAGUCUUCUAUCAGGAAAGCAUCAGCUGUUCUUGAAGCAGAGGGUAUGAACAAAGGAGCUGCAACAGUUUUGGAGGGUGGUGGCGGUGAUGGGGGUUUUCCAAUGUUUCGUACUGGGUCGGGAAAGUCAGUUAUGGUGAGUCAGUCUUCAAUCAGGAAGGCAGCUGCUGUUCUUGAAGGAGAAAAUAUUAAGAAUGACCAGCUGCACAAAUAUUCAGUGGAUGGAAACUGCAGUUUCUCUGAUUCCCUUUUCCACAUAGCCACUGGUAAAACUGUAAAUUUAUCUUCUGCUGGUCUUCUUAGGGCUUCUUCUUUGUUGGGUUUGGAGGGGAAUAAUGAUCCUUCUACUCUACAAUAUUUCAAGCAUGCAAUGGAUCAUUUGGAUGCCAGGAUAACUACUCCAAGGGAAUCACAUGCAAAGCUUGGAUGCGAUGUGAAUUCUGGUACCACUGGCUCGGUUAGAAUUGACCCUAUGGGUGCACAAUUAGUCCAAAGAAAUUCACAUGAUUGUCCAAAGGAUUUUUGCUUAUCAGGAAAUCAGUUAGCUAAAGAUUCACUUCAGAGUCCUCUGGGGUCUGAAUUGCAUUCAUCUGAUUCUAUCCAGAUGCAUAUUAAAUUCCACACUGCAGGUGGAAGAUCUAUACUGAUUUCUAGUGAUGCAUUACAGCGUGCAAGGAGCCUUCUUGUUGAUUCAGACUCUGAAGUUCUACAGAAUGAUGAGAAAGCAGAUCAACCAUCUUUCUUGAUUCUUAAAGAUGAGAAUGAUCGUGGCAAGACUUUUUUGAAUAAAGAAAACAUCAUGUCUGUGCACCAAAAUGCUAGAAAGAGCAAAUCCGUGUCAGAAUCCUUACCUUGCAUACAAUCAUUUUCCAAUCAAAAGGAGUCAUCAUGUCCCCUUCAGGCUAUCAAUUCUCUGGGUGUUAUGAUAGAUCAAGUGAAUAACAGUAACUUUGUUAUGGAAAACUUUCAUCAUUCAAGCAGUGAAAAGUCUCACAUGCAAAAACCUUCAAACAAAGACCUAUGUGUUACUCAUACCGUCAUUGACUCUGUGAAUAUGAUUCCAGAAUGCAGACCAUCAGGUGGAACACUGGUUGAUAUUUCAAAUAACAUUAGUUGGGAUCAUGCAAAUAUAAAUUGGCUUUCUAGUGAAAAGAAAAGGCUUGGAAGGAGAAGCUCUGUCUCUCCAUUUAAAAGGCCACGAAGUUCUAGGUUCACCACUCCUUUAAACAGCAGCAUCUCUUCCUUGGCUACUGAUUCAUCCAUGUUAUCUACAACAGAAAAUUGCUGUCGCAGAGUGAAGCUGUCCUCUCAUUAUCCAUUUCAAUUUAAGCGGAAGAAUAUUAAGGAUUUCUUUGGCAAAUGCACUAGUCAGCAAAGCAUGUUGGCACACCUACCAGAUGAAGUGAAACGCUUGAAUGCAGAUAAUGCACUGAAGUACAGAUUUCAUGAUGAAUAUGGUCGCUAUGAAAUUGGGUCAGAAGCCUUUCAAAAUAUGCUGCUUCAGUCUGGUGCUUCAUCAUUAAGCGCAACUAAAGAAUGGGUUGCAAACCACUACAAAUGGAUUGUUUGGAAACUUGCAAGCCUUGAGCGAUGCUAUCCGGUUCAAGCUAGUGGCAAUUACUUAACAGUUUCUAAUGUGCUUGAGGAAUUAAAGUACAGGUAUGAGAGAGAAGUCAACUAUGGCCAUAGAUCAGCAAUAAAGAAAAUUCUAGAUGGGGAUGCAUCGCCUUCUUCUAUGAUGGUUCUAUGUAUUUCAGCAAUCCAUUGUUCUGAAACAAAGAUCUGUAAAAUCGAUGAUAUGACUGGUCCAAAUGAGGAUAACAACAAGCUUACCAGCUCAAUUAUGGUUGAAAGCAGCCGCAAGAGAAUUGAACUUACUGAUGGAUGGUAUUCAUUGGAUGCUUUCUUAGAUGUAUUACUGUCAAAACAACUCCGUAUUGGAAAGCUAUUUGUUGGCCAGAAGCUUCGGAUCUGGGGUGCUGGUUUGCAAGGUUGGGUUGGACCUGUUUCACCCCUUGAGGCAUCAAAAACAGUUAGUUUACUGAUACACAUUAAUGGGACGUAUCGGGCACACUGGGCUGAUCCAUUGGGAUUAUGCAAGGGUCUUGGAGCUCCAUUGGCUUUUAGCUGCAUAAAGGCAGGUGGGGGUAAAGUUUCAAGGACAUUGGUUGGGAUUACAAGGAUUUAUCCUGUUUCAUAUAAGGAGAGGUUCCCUGAUGGUGGGUCUGUUGUGAGAUCAGAAAGGAUGGAACAUAAAGCACUUCAACUGUACCAACAGAGACGAUCAAAAAUUGUAGAAGAUAUUACGUCAGACCAACAGGAUGUUUUUGACAAUGUUAAUGAUAGUGAUGAAGGGGCAAAUAUUUUAAAGAUCCUUGAGACCGCUGCUGAGCCUGAAGUGUUAAUGGCAGAUAUGAGUUCUGAACAACUAAUUUCUUUUUCAGCUUAUCAGGCAAAGCAAAAGGCACUCAGGCAGUCUUAUAUUCAGAAGAAGAUUGAGAAAUCUUUUGAAGAUGCAGGCCUCAGUUCGAGGGAGGUAACCCCCUUUAUGAGAGUGAGGGUAGUGGGAUUAACCAGUAAGGGCUCGUGCAGAAAGCGCCAACCCAGGGAAGGCUUGAUAACAAUCUGGAAUCCAACUGAAAAGCAGAAAGUUGAUCUUGUUGAAGGAAAGAUAUAUACUGUUGCUGGACUUAUGCCACUGAACUUUGGUACCAAUGUCCUUUACUUGCAAGCUAGAGGAUCUUCUACAGUAUGGAAACCUAUCUGUGCCACACAGACUGAUAAAUUUGAACCAUUUUUCACCCCUCGCAAAUCAAUUACACUGUCAAAUUUGGGUGAGGUACCUCUUGCAAGUGAGUUUGAUAUUGCAGCUGUAAUCGUGCAUGUGGGAGAGGUUUAUAUAUCUGGAUGCCAGAAAAAGCAGUGGAUUUUCAUGACUGAUGGAUCCACAUGCAGUUCAGAAUCUCUGUUUGAAGGACAAUAUGAUCGCCUGCUUGCUGUCAGUUUCUGUUCACCCAUGAUUGACAAUGAUUCAUCUGCGCUUUUCAGCCAUACCUAUUCAGAAAGCACAGCUGGCUUCUUUAAUCUUACCAAGCGAGCAAGGGACCAAAUGAAUCAUCUUUGGGUAGCAGAGGCAACAGAAAAUUCUGCAUAUUGUGUAUCCUAUAACCUUCCCAGCAGAUUACAUCUCAAGGAAGCAGCAGACUCUGCUCAGAGAUGGGCAAAGGUAUCAUAUUGGGCUAUUCAGAAGCUUCGGGAGAGGGUUUUAUCUAUUAUUGGCGGUCAGGGAAGCUAGGAUUUUGAAAUAGCUGAGUUAUCCAUUAUAGCAAUUUGAUCAGCAGAUCCUUUGUACAAGAGGUGUUAUGGUCAACAUAUGAUGUUGGGCAGGAGGCGGAUGUGCAUGAAUGAUCUCAUUCACAAACUGUUCCUUGGCAGCAGUUGAGGCAAAGACUUUCAGACAUUUGGCUGUUGGUGGUGGGGCAUCUCAUGCAAGGGAGACGAACAGUUGAUGCAUGGCCUUCGCACCUAGAUUACAAAUUGGCGUAAUUAGUAGUGGUUUGAUUCAGAUGCAAGGAGAAGCAGGUUUUGAGAAAGUGAUGCCAUCACUUUUUUGAGUAUCAACAACAUAUCAUGCUGUCCUAGCAGAAACAAAUAUUUAUGGAGAAAAGUCUACGUAUAACACUCAAGUUCAUCCACCCGAUAGAGUUUUCUUAUUUGUUGUUUCCAAUAAAAAAUCCACUCUAAGCAAGUGUUACAUAUAACCAUAGGCAAACCAGAGUAUGCCAUCAUAAUGAAAAUGUUGUAAUCCUAAAAUUGUAUGUAACUUUUUGGUGGUAACCGUACGUGACAUCUAACGAAGAUUAGACACAAGAUCUUAAUACAUGGGAACAGAUCAUACUUUCGUGCCUGCAACAGAGACAAGCUGUAGUACUCCUGAGAAGGCCCUAACAAUCAGACCAUAGCUCUAAAAAACUAGGAUGCUGCCAACGUCACUUCGAGCUGUUAUCCUGCAUGGCUACUCUUAACACUUUUUCCUCUAUUGCCAGAUGAAAGUCCUCUGGUGAUCUAUAUCAUCUGGGGAGGACUUGCUAGCUCCCCAUGUACCAAAUCUUACGGCACACACCAUCUAAUGGAUUCUCCCUAAUAGGGACCAGGCGAAGAGGAAAAAAAUAAAGAAAGAGGUGAUGAGAAAGAGGGUGUCAAUGUGAUUCAUCCCCUUUCAUAUGUUUCCAUGCUCUCCUCUCUCCUGUCUCACGCUCACUGCCCUUCAAUACCCACC